GACGAUCUGAGUUCUCAGUGUUUGGGGUUGGAUUGACAUAAAAAGCCAGAGAAGCGAAAGAGGAGUGAAGCAACAGGCGGACAGUGUGCUGCUCUCGUCUCGCGGGGCAUGGAGGUGGCUCCGGUGGUUUUCCUUGAGGGAUCCCGUGGAUCCACUUCAGUCCACUUCUCCCCUUGAUGCUCCGGACAGGCACCGGCCUCACGGCACGGAGCCGGGGGAGGCUGCCUCCAGAGGAUUAUAGAGAGGACCAAACAUGAGAGUCUUUGCUUCAUAGAGGAGACACGUCUGCAAAGAUGAACCCGGAGUCCCUGGACUCGUCCAUCCAGGGCGCCCUCUCGGCCCUCUUCCCGCCGUUCGAGGCCACGGCGCCCAUCGUUCUCGGCCAGCUGUUUCGCACCAUUGAGGAGCGUUACCGCGGCGACGCGUUGCAGUGUCUGCUGGACUUCCUCAUCCCCUCCAAACACCUGCUGGAGAGCGUGCAGCAAGCAGCAUGUGCCGGAUACUCUGACGUGGUCUUCCGCUGUGAGGGCUGGCCUCUGUGCCUCCGGGACAAGACCGUCAUCCAGCUGGCGCCCGUCAACCCGCUGCUGCUGCGCCCCGGAGACUUCUACCUGCAGGUGGAACCUUUCGGGGACCAGGCGGCUCGCGUGGUCCUCAAAAGUCUCCUGGAGGAGGGUCGCGGCGAAGUGGAGGAGACCCCCGUGCCCGAGGCCUCCUACCCUUGCAUCUUCACCGAGGAGUGGCUGCGGGACAUCAACGAGGGCCGCAGCGGGACGCCGCUGUCGCGCUGCCUGCUCUGCACGGAUCAAGGGGCGAUCAAGUUGCCCUGGGCGGAGAUCGCCGUCCCGGAGUUCUUAGACAAGCCCAAGAUCGCGCCGCCGACUUAUCGGGAAGCUCCUCCCGAGCCGAAGCGGAUCCCGGCCCCUUCCCUUUUCAACUUCUCCACCCUGCCGAUGGAAGCCGCUUUGAUUCCCAUGAAAGAAAGGAUGCCAGCAGCGUCUUUGAGACCCGUGCACGGCUCCUCCAAGCUCGUCAAGAUGGAUCACGAGAGGCGGACCUCCAAGUCGUGCUCCAGGUCUUUAAUCAAACCCGUGGGUUGGGUUGCUCCGAACAACUGGGACAGUCACAACUAUCGGGAGAUCGAAGGUGACUACGUAGACCUGGUGGACAUCGCCACGGGCAACGAGUUAGUCACCAAACAGAGGAGCAGCCAUCCACCCAGUUCAGUUGUGUUCAAACCCGUCAGACCGCCGCCCCCCAUCCCAUUGGGGACUCGUGUUCCUUGUGGAAGCACGCUUCGGUGUGCAGAGGAGGCCGGUCCACCAUGCAGGCUGGAGCACGACCCCAGUGACCAAGACCUGAAGUGUCGGUACCGAGACUCGUACGUGGCCGCGCUGAGGAACCCGGUCGCCUUCGAGAGGGGCGGGGUAGACCUCAUGGCCGCCCUGGAGGAGGGCGGCGGCCUGAGUGAGGAAGCAGAGUUGAGAGUCCAGGUUGUAUUAGAAGCUCAAAGAGAGAAACUCGUCAACCGCUGUAAGCACUGUAACAAACCCGCGGCGAGAGACGAGCCGUGCCGGUGCAGACGCUGCUGUGAAGCGGAGAGCUUUGCGUCUCACCUCCAAGACCUUCCCACGAGUUCUGAAUCGGAACAUGAAGUCAUGAAGGAAUCGCCCACCAUCUUUAAAUCCACCCCUGGGUUGAGCCAGAGUCACAAGGUUCAGAUGAAGCUCAUUUCCCACCAAUCGGGACCCAACGCCGGCGUGCGUCCGGGACCGGACGGCGACGUUACACCGCCUCAGGAGGUGGAGGUGGCGACGCCGUCGGGGAAACACAAAGUCAAGGGGAGGUCUCUGUCCACGGUGUCGGAGACGUGUGAAGGGAAUCCGCUGCUCUACAAAGUGAACAACAGGAGCCACAGUGACAUCUGCCCGGAAACCAUCAGCAGCAUCGUCCAGGGCAAGAAGGCGGAUCUGAUGGAUCAGGUGACGCUGAAGCUGGAACGACUCAAGUCCCCGAAAAAAGACUCACACAGGAGUGAACCUCCUCCCUCCAGCGCAGACGGACCCGACUCCAAAAAACUCCAUAACUCAAAGAUGGAAAAGCCGUCUCUUGCACAAGUUCAACUUCAACCUUCCGACCCUCCUCCGCCUCCACAAGCCGAGGAGUCCGGCUUCAGAGGCGUCCGCGGGACGCUGGAACUGGGCAUCAUCUGUUUGCCAGGCAGCAGGGACCGGACGGGCCGGGCGGUCGUCGAGGUCCAUGGAGGCCGAAAGGAGUGGACGUCCACUCUCGUGUCCGUCCAGAGUGUCUGUAAACUACUGCUGUACUUACACUCCAUCCCGAGGAAAGAGGUUCGAGAGCUGGGGAUGACUUUGGUCCUCGAUGCCAGGAGGAAGCCUCCUUCACUGCACCUCUACAAAGCUCUGCUCAUGGCCCAGGAGCACGCGCUGCACGCCGUCCACAGCAUCGUGAUGCUGGUGGAUAAAGACACGUGUCCUCGCCCUGAGAAGCAUCCGGGGUUACAGAUGGACCUGGUGACUUCUAUGAAAGCCCUGAACAAGACGGUCGAAGCUUCCCAGCUGACCUCUGACCUGGGCGGGACCCUCACUUACAGUCACAGCGACUGGCUGCAGUUCCAUCAGAGGCUGCUCUCCUUCCUGGCUGAGCUGCGAGGAGCCGACAGCUUGUUGCAGAAGGCCAUCAAGAAAGUGGACGGCAGCAAGACCACCGACUCGUCCCAGGAGGUGCAGCGAUGCAUUGGGGAGCAGGAGGCCUCCAUGAAGGAGGUGCUGGAAGACUCUCGACUGGUCACCCUGCAGAGAGAAGGAGGCGCCGUUGUGGCCAGAAUGAGGAGGGAGGAGUUCAGGUUCCCGCUCUCUGAGGACUACAGAGAUGCUGUGGAGUCGGUGAGCAGCCUGUACAACCAGGUGGAGGAGAAGCUCCACACUCUGGUCAUGAGGUCCAACGAGUCCCUGCAGCACCUGGACUUCCUCUUCAAGCUCAGAGAGAUGGAGGCCGCCAUCACCACGGCCGGGCUGUGGUUCAGUGGGGAGGGCGAACAGAGACUGGAGCUCCGCCACUCGGCCGAUGACACGCCGAUGGCCGCGGAGGACGCCGCGCGGCGCUUUGACGAGUUCCUCGCUGAGUCGAAGGACAAACAUCAGCGCGCCCUGAGCCUGGCGGCGGAGGCCAAGGCGCUCGUUGCCGCGGGCGACGCCGGUCCUGCUGCGGAUGUUUUCCGUACUCUGGUCGACACGUUCAAAUCCAACGUGGACGACUUCACGCUGCGGGCCGAACGAAGGCGCCGAGAGCUGGAGACAGAGCGCGUGCAGCGCUUCUCUGAACAGGCGUGUGCCCUGGCCCAGGAAUGCCGUGGUUUCUUGCAGCAGGUCGAGUCGGGGUGUGAUCCGGCUCAGACCCUGAGAACGCUCCACAUGUACGAGGAGAGGUUAGGGGGCGAAUUCUCCACCCUGCACUUCCAGGCCCUGAAAGACAAGGCCUGCGCCGGGGCCCCGGGGGCCUCGGGGGCCUCGGGAGCCCCGGGGGCCUGGGGGCCGAUGGGAGUCUGGAAUGCGGCCCGGAUCCAGUGCCAAGAAGUCGGGCAGCGUCUCAAAGAGCUGCAGCAGAAAGAGAAAGGAGGAGAUGAGAAGCAGAACCAGCCGAACACAGCUGCAAAGCCUCAAGGGGAAGUAGGAAUGGGGAAGGAGGAGAAAGGGAGGGAGGCGGGGGAGGCGGGGGAGGCGGGGGAGGGCGGUCGCUCCCUGACCCAGCCGCCGACCUUUCAGAAAGAGGUAGUCCAUGUGUCGGAGGGCGAAGGAGAAACCACCGCCGUGGCGUGCGUCGGCCAUCACGAUGAACCCGACUCGAAAGGAGAAAACGGAGAGCGGGAAUCAGCCGAGGUUCAAACCGAGAACGUCGAGCGAGAAGAAUUCCCAAAACACGUCGACCGUCCUCCAGAAACCAGGCGCCGCAGCGAGGCCGACCUGAGGAGCGCGGCGGCGGUGGAAGGGGGCGUCGGCUUCCCUUUGCACCGACUUCGAGGCCGCUCCCUGAGCGAGGGCUCCAGCCUCCGCCGGCGCCUGACGAGCGUCUCCGGCUUCUCGCCGCUGAACGUGAGACACAAACACUGUGGGAGCGACACGCCGGAACAGAACCUGCAGAACGUCCAACAAAACCUGAGAGACGAGGAGGAGGGCGGAGGAUACGCAAACGUCACCCAGAGCCCUCGAGGUCUGAGGACCCCAGAGACGUUCCUCACAGCCAGAGAACUCACAGGAGGCAACGUGCUGAAGGUGCGCCUGAUCAUGGAGGAGCUGCUGUCCACGGAGAGGGAGUACGUGAAGGCCCUGGGUUACGUCCGAGAGCACUACCUCUCCGAGCUGGAGAGGCCCAACGUCCCUCAGGGCCUCCGGGGCCAGAGGGCGAGCGUCUUCGGCAACUUGGAGAAACUCCACGACUUCCACCGCCAUCACUUCCUUCACGAGUUGGAGCGCUGCGCGGACGAACCCUUCAGGGUCGGCCGCUGUUUCUUACGACACAGGGAGAGCUUCGCUUUGUACGCCCUUUACAGCAAGAACAAGCCUCAGUCCGACGGCCUGCUCACGGACCACGGACAGGCCUUCUUCAAGCACAAGCAGCUGCAGCUGGGCGACAAGAUGGACCUGCGGUCCUACCUGCUGAAGCCCGUGCAGCGCAUCAGCAAGUACAGCCUGCUGCUGCAGGACCUGAGGGCGGAGUGCGGCGCGGGGCGACCCCGAGAGACGGCCGAGGUCAAGGCCGCCCUGGAGGUCGUCCACUUCCAACUGCACCACGGCAACAACCUGCUGGCCAUGGACGCCAUCCACCACUGUGACGUGAACCUGAAGGAGCAGGGCCAGCUGAUACGCCAGGAUGAGUUCACGGUCACCUUCAGGAAGAGGAAAUGUCUGCGCCACGUGUUCCUCUUCCAGGAGCUCAUCCUCUUCAGCAAAACCAGGAAGACGGACGUGGGGAACGAAACG